GCAGCGGCUGGGGGAGCAGGCGAAGGAAGAGGGCAGAGCAGAGCAGGAAGGGACUGGCACAGGAAGGAAGGAAGGUGCAGCGCAUCCAUUCCCCUUUAUCCCAGGCCAGGGCCGGCAAAGCCCAGUAGAAUGUGAGCGGGAAGAGCGACGCACGCGGAUCGGGGGUGCCACAACUACUUCUGCCCCUAGCUCGCUCUUGCCGGGCUUGGCUUGCCCCCCGCUCCGGUCCUCCGCUCGCAUUGCCCAGGCGGGGCGCGGGGCGUUUAUCUGCUGAGGGCUUGGCGAGCCUCGGCUGCCCUCUGCCCCCACCCUCCCCAUCUCUCUCUUCCUAGAGACGCUGCUAGGCGGGGAGGCGAUGUUCCCUCUGGACUCCACCUGGAGUAUCUCCUUCGCGGGCUGUGGGUUCUUGGGGGUGUACCACAUCGGGGUGGCCAGCUGCCUCCAGGAGCAUGCCCCCUUCCUGGUAGCCAACGCCAAGACGAUCUACGGAGCCUCCGCCGGAGCCUUGACUGCCACGGCCCUGGUCACUGGAGCCUGCUUGGGUGAGGCAGGCGCUAAUAUCAUUCAGGUCUCAAAAGAAGCCCGGAAGAGGUUCCUGGGCCCUCUACACCCAUCCUUCAACUUGGUGAAAAUCAUCCGCAGCUGCCUGGACAAGACCCUGCCGGACAAUGGGCACGAAGUGGCUAGAGGACGCUUGGGCAUCUCGCUGACGCGGGUCUCUGAUGGAGAGAAUGUGAUACUGUCAGAGUUCAAUUCCAAAGAGGAGCUGAUUCAGGCCUGUGUUUGCAGCACCUUCAUCCCUGUGUACUGUGGGUUGAUCCCGCCAAGCCUGCAGGGAGUGAGGUACGUUGAUGGAGGGAUUUCGGACAACUUGCCGCAAUACGAGCUGAAGAACACCAUCACGGUGUCUCCGUUCUCAGGCGAGAGUGACAUCUGCCCCCGGGACAGCUCCACAAACAUUCACGAGCUGAGAGUCACCAACACCAGCAUCCAGUUCAACCUUCGCAACCUCUACCGCCUCUCGAAAGCCUUGUUCCCCCCAGAGCCUCAGGUGCUCCGGGACAUGUGCAAGCAGGGCUACCGGGAUGCGCUGCACUUCCUGAAGAAGAGUGGUCUCCUUCACCGCCCACGGCCCUCGCGCCCUCUCCUUGCCGUUGAGAACUCUUCAGGGGAGAGGGACCCAGAGGAGGAGGAGAUGGGAGCUGAAGACCAGCUGAGGGAGAACGCUGCCCUGGCUGCUGUCGAAGAUCACAUCUUUGAACACCUGCCACCCAGACUGAACCAAGCCCUUUUGGAAGCUUGCACUGAGAGAAGGGGCCUAUUAGUUGGCAUCACCAACUUGUUGCCUGUGCGCUUGGCCUCUGCCAUGAUGAUCCCCUACACGCUGCCUGUGGAAUCAGCUGUCUCCUUCACUGUCAGGUUGCUGGAAUGGCUGCCCGAUGUCCCCGAGGACAUUAGGUGGAUGAAGGAACAGACGAGUAAUCUAUGCACCUAUCUCAUGAGGGAAGCCAAGAAGAAACUGGGAAGCCAUCUCUCAGCCAGGCUUUACUACCAUUUUGAGCUCCGAAGGACCCAGAGCCUACCAGUCCCCUUGGCCUCUACCUACAGCGAGGCACUGCCUCAGUGGAUGCGAAGCAACCUCUCCCUGAUGGACGUUAAGACGAAGUGGGAGGAAUAUCAGCGCCAGCUCAUGCUGGGAUUGUUCUGCAUCAACGUGGACGUGCAGGCCUCCGUCUUCCCGCCGGAGGGGCUGCAGAUGAGACACUCGCCGGCAGACCAUGUGCAAGAGAGUCUGCCACUCUUCUGAGCCCCCCGCCGCAGCCAGGAGGAGGAGGGCGGGUGGGGUCAGACCUGCAUCUCAGCAACCUGCCACCUUUGAUUCUUGCAAGCCUGUGAUGGGAGCUUCCUCAUGAACAAAGCAGUGGCAUCCAGUGUAGCCAAUUGCUAUUUGCCUGACUAGGGGAGGGGCACAGUGUUAAAGUCAACACGUUUGCUAAUGAGGACCACUUAGAGCUGUGUAUCAGCACCCAGCGUGGGGGAGGUGGCAGUCCCUGGCUGUGCUGUAACGGUUCCAAUGGGCUCCUCCAGGAGACAUACCUGGAGGAUGUAGCCUAGAUCAGGAUGUAGCUCGUGCUCUGGAGCUUGUUUUAAUUGUCUCCGGUUUUAGAUCUACACAUUUGUGGCUUUGUUUGUUUUUUUGUUUUAAACAAUCCAGCACCCUGUGGCUCUUCACUGUUUGUGCUACCAAAAGGUAAAGCAGCCCAUAGUGCCAAAGCAGCUAUCGUAUGGGCCCAAACCUGCCUCUCAACUCUCCUUCACUGGAGCCAAAUUUUGACCUCUGUCCUCACUCAAAGCCAGCUCUGACCCUGCUGCUGUUAAUGUAGAUUUCAUUGGCAUUGGGACUGCAGAGUUACAGGAGAGAACUGCAUACCCACAGUUGUUGCUCUAAGCUUCCUUCAUCUCUUCUUGGUCUCUCUUGCCUCUCUCCUUUAGGGAUCUUUGUCUCCAUUGGGCUGCAGAGGCCUGAGAUCUGUACUGAUAAAACUGCCUGGGAAUUUUUUUGGGGGUCGGGAGGAGACAUGAGAUGUUCAGCUGAGAUUUUUCAGGAUUUAGGUGCCUGAUUCCCAUUCAUUUUAAUUGAACUAGCCUUAGGUGGCUUUGCAAAAUCUCAGCCUUCCUUCCCUGGAUUGGCCCGAUGGCUGCCGUUGGGGAAGGAAUGCGAAGGGCUUGUAGGAAGGCUGAAGGUGAAGACUGCACAGUGCAUGUUGUGUCCAAGUGGCUUGUGGUGGAAUGUCGCAGCAGGUGCCCAGGAGGUGGUCAUCUGGAGGGGGAAUGGGUUCCAGCUCCACGGGAUCAUGGAGCCGGAGAACCCUGAAACCAAAUUCCCCGCUGGCGCAAACGGACGGAAUUCCGUCGUAGCCAGUGACGUUGCACCUGUGUAUGCUUGUGGUGAGUUUGGACCUUAGUGAAGGAGCUGACGUUGGAUGAUGCAGAUUGCCGGUCCCAGAGAUGCCGCUGUGGCAGCAAUCCAAGCGGGAGCUGUGUGCCCCCCCUUCUGACCGAAGGUGGUGCUGCCCUGAAGGUGACAGCAUAGUGUGAGCAAGAGGAACCAGGAAGUCGGAGAGGUGAAGCAAGAAGUGCCAAAUCCGUGUGCAGGCCGCUGUAUCUUUAUUUUGUCACUUAAAAGAUGAGUCAGUGGGGUUAUACCAGAGCUGAACUCUGCCCAGUGUUUGGAAGGGUGCUGCCUUGAAAUAUGCAGUGUCCCAAGGUAACCCAGUAGCAUUCCAUUGCACAUAUGCUUCUGGCAAAGCUGUUUCUUUGGCACAUUCUCCGUGAGAGGAUGGGUGUCUAGUCCCACCUGUUGCUUGACUCACUUCUCAGUGGGCGGGGAGAGAUGGCUUCCAGUGGGGAUUGUAUGUACUGAAAAAGCCAAAAUCCUAACACUGUGACUGUGUCUGUGACACACAACCAUCUUCAAGGUUCCUCUCCUUGCAAUGCCUCUGGCUGUGUGGGGCUUCUUUCUACCUCUGCUAGCACAAACAAUCUGCAAUAGGCCAAAGCAAUUGCAUGUGUCCUCUUUUGGGGGUAGGGACGUGGGGUGCCUAAAGUUCAGCUAUAUACUGUAUACAUAGAAUAGUGACUCGUACAAGGUUCUCAAAUGCCACUUUGUAAAGAAAAGGAGAUGCACCCAGAAACUCUGGUGAUUGGCAUGUGAUAAAUAACUAACAGCUAGAAAGUCCAGGAGAGCACCCGUGUCCUGGACCUGAUGAGAAAAGGUGUCUCUCUUCCUGAAGAUGAGGUUGCAUGCUGCUUGCUAGCAGCCAUGGCCUGUGUGAUACGCUUGGUGUGGGUGGGAGUAUCUGCCUCUACCAAAAGGAGCAUUGCUAUAAUGCCUAUAAUGACGUGCACCAUAGAGACCUUCUGGCAGAAAUCAGCCAGGAGCUCACCGGGUAACCACAGCGUUCAUUUUGUGAUUGCCAUCUGCAAGCAGGACUCUGAGGGUGGAGCGUCCCUGGUGGUGGUGGACCUGUCUGUUCCCACAAGACACUGGUCUGGAAACAAGCUUGUGUGAUUUAGAGAGUGUCCUCUUGCCAACCUUCAAGUGACACUACCUGCAUAGCGCAAGUGCCUGCUCAGUUGAUGAAAUGGGCCUGGUAUUUGUCUCUGCAAUAGUCCAGUCUAGACAGUUUUCCCCCAUUCUGUAUUUGUGCAUUUGUUUUUUCUUCCCUAAGCAUAGCACCUUACAUUUGUCUUUGUUUAA